CUUCCCCAGAUUCUGACAUUCACUCUCCACGUUCACUCACACACACAUUCGCUGCAUCGCAUCACACGUCGCGGACAUACACACACACGUGGCUCGAUCACUUGUUUACCUCUGACCGCCACCUGUCGACUUAAAGCCCUCGACGAACUCCGUUUCUCACAACCCCAUACCAACUACAAACAUGUUCGCACGCUUGAUAACCCGCUCCGCGCGCUCCGUGCGCUUCAACUCGUCCAGCUCCUCGAGCAGCGCCGCGCGCGUCAUGCAAAUGGCUGCUCAGGCUGAGCGACCAAAUGCCACCGAAGCCGCCGUACCCGUCAUGUGGGCCGUUUGCGGCGCGCUCACGUACACUGCGUGGAACCGCAUGGAUGAGAGGACUGCGGGGGGAAAUGUGGAGAAGUUGAUUAUCGUUUGAGAGUUUGAUGAUAGACAUGGAUGCGGCAUAGCAUGCGGCUUGUGUGGUUUCGUUGUAUAGACUUUGGUUCUUUGGGUUUGGGCAUCGGGAUGGGAAUAAUGGCUACGGCCUUGGGUAUGGAACUGGCGUUCUUAUACUGCGGACAGCAUUCAAAGCUUCGGAAGAUAGAUCAGUUUUUUGGAAUCAUAAUUCAAUUAAACACAAGCGUCUGCUAUUUCAU